AUGGAUAUCACACAACGCCUUCAGCAAUGUGUCAUUGGACCUCAACAAGAGACCUUAAUCGACCUCGACAACGUGCUUGCAUCUUCAGCUGUGGGUCCAGCUCAGAACAGUUAUCGCAACUACGAGAGAACGUUGCCAAAUAUACUUGAUUCGGGUCACCGGAGCAUUUCAGAUGAAUACAAGCUUGGGAUCUAUGUACGAAUCAUGCGACUAUUAUUGGAAGUGGAUGAAGCUGCUACUGCUGACACCUAUCUCAAUCGAGCGGCAUUGUUGAUUCACAACUCGAAUGACCUCGUUCUCAAUUUGACAUUCAAGCUUUGCCAAGCACGCAUCCUCGACGCCAAACGACGUUUCCUCGAAGCAACAAUCAAAUGCCAUGAAUCAAGCUAUGAAACCCAAAUUGAUGAAUACGAUCGUCUUCGAUGCUUAAUGCCUACUGUGCAAUGUGCUGGGUUAGCAGGAGCAGGUCCUCAACGAUCAUGCAGUUUGACUACGCUUUACAAGGAUGAAAGGACGCACCAUCUUGCAACAUUCCCAAUACUUGAAACGACGUACAUGGAUCGUGUGAUACGGCAAAACGAAGUCGCCGAUUUUUUCGCCACCUUGCAACACCAUCAUCGAGCCAUACGUGAACACAACCUGCUCUCUGCAUCCAAGGUUUACAACAAUAUCACACUUGAUGAACAUGCAGCUUAUUGA